AGAGCUCCCAAAGCGCCAUGUUUGUCUGUUGGAUCUGUAGCUGGGCUGUCCAGGCCGCCUUGGCCUUCCAAAUGCCGCACAUGCCGAGGCAGAUCAUGCCCACGGGACAGUUCUCUGUUCGCGUGGCACGCGCCGAGGUGAGGAAGGAGUGGAGGAUGACACAGCACAGAACGAGCACACCACGAUUGACAUAGAUCUUCACUCAUGCAUGCCAUUUGCACACAUGCAGGCUGAGCUUGAGAUGGUCGCACGUCAGAGGACGUCCGUGCUGAGGAGCAACUCGGUGGAUGUCAAGGCUCCUGAGUCGAAGCGGCGCGCCCUGGAGGCCCGCAUAGCUCCUCUGAGGCGGAACGACACGUACGUCCUCAUCGCCAUCAAUACGCAGUGUCCGCAGACUGAGCCGCUCAUCGGUACCUGUGGAUCGGACGGACACAUCACAUGGGGGAAAGGCAGACGGACAGGACACAUGGCGUGUCGUGUGUUGUGUGUCUGCAUUGCAUUGCAAUGCAGGUACGCUCGACUGCGUGCUGUCUAGUUCUCAGCUCUUCAUGAAGUGAGCUGGGAUGCACACAUUCGCUGAGAUGGCUGCUAGAAGUCUCUGUGUGUGUCCGCGCAGAAAUCUGUGGACACACAAGGACCACAGGAGGAAGGGCGUGGCGUCAUCUUUGCUCGACCAGGCCAUCAUGCUGGCAGGCCAGAUGGGCGUCAAGCUCAUCAUGCUCGAGGUCGACACAUACAACACGCGUAAGGGAAACAGACACACACACAAGACGCCACCUGUCCGGACCACCAGACACGCGCCUCGCCAUGCCAUGCCAUGCCAUGCCAUGCAUGUGUGUGUUUGUUGCUUGUGUGCCUGUGUGCAGCGGCCAUGAGGCUAUACGAAAAGUACGGCUUUCAGUCAGUCUCGUUCGGCGCGGGGCUGCUCAAGGUACUCCGUGUUGGCCGGAUCGCCAUGAGGAAGAGGAUUAAUGUUCCCGGCUCUGGCUCUGGAUCGAGGGAGACGGUCACCGACAGGGAGAGCAAAGGCUCGCGGCAACUGGUGGCGACAUGCGCGUCGUAAUGUGCCUAGCAGCUGGGACGAUGGCUGUGUGUACAAUAGUCCUCCUUUUUGGGGCUGGAGUGAGUGAGUGCAUGUAUCUAUCUAUUGAAUAGAGUCUGUGUGAGUGGGAGGGCAGGGCACCACGUGCAGUGCAGCCUCCGAGCUCUGUCUGUCCGCUAGCUACUAGGGUGGCCGGCCGCGGAAUUCCUGCCGGCAGGAUUUUGGAGCACAGAUGGACGGACGAGUGAACACUGACGUGCGAUCACCAUGAGGGCGAGAAAGUGUACAGCUAGAUCAUAGAUAGAUGGAUGGAUGGAUAGCCAGUGAUAGCCAUGCGGGCGAUGCGAUGAUGAACCUCUGAUGUGCCUCUGGUGUGUGUGCAUAGACAGACAGACUCAUAUACAUAAUACGCCUUUACAGGUGUCUUAACCAGUCACUCAUCC